AUGUUUUUUGGUUUCUUGUUCAGGAGGGUUAUCCACACAGUAGGACCUAAGUAUGCAGUAAAGUAUCAUACAGCAGCUGAGAAUGCUCUCAGUCACUGCUAUAUAUCUUGUCUGGAGCUUCUUAUAGAUAAUGGGCUUCAAAGGUGUGUGAAGAAAUUACUUCCACUUUACUUUCCUCGAGAUGAGCACGAAGAGGAGGUUGCCAUCUCAAAGCCCCCUGCUGAUGUUGGGGAUGAAAAUGGUUCAACCAUUAUAGACGAACAUAAAAUCAGAAUACAGGCGCUGCCAGAUAAACCUCCAGUCAGGUAUUUUCCAGCUCUAGUUGAGCGCUCUGCCACUAAUCUUGCUUUGGUACGAAGGAACUCGAAACAUCUUGACUCAUAUUUGGAUCCGACCUUCAUGUCUUUAAUUAAAGAUCCAGAUGUAAAGCGCAAGGAACAGUGGGAGAAGAAUGCACAAUCACAAAGUGGAUUCAGUUUUGUUAAAGUGCUAGGGUUUGGUGAUCUGAGGGGACCUCCUCUCUCUCCUGCUGAGGAAUACUUACUCCAUUCGCGAGGUCAUAGCUACAAGAAAAAUAAAAUGAGGAUUACCCCAAAUACUGCAACGGUCCAAGAUCUUUUCGCUCACAAGGAAUGA